CAGACGACCCUAAACCCUACACCACCACGUGUCGCCACCACGUAGUGGACCCCACGCGUCGGUGGCCGAGCACUCCCCUGAUUAGCACCGGUUAACCCUUUCCUCCACCCCGACAUGCGACGUCCUAAUCCCCCCGUAAUUAAUCACAACCAUGGCUGCCCCACCCACAGUAAUCACCCCCCAAAUCCACCCCUCCCUCUCCCUCCCCCCCCCCCGAUCCCACCCCCGACGAGGCGAGGCCGGAGCCUGCCGCCGCCGCGGCAUUUCGUCCAGCACAUGGCGCUCGUGCCCAACGGCAGCGCCUGCAAGGACGACUGCGCGGCGCACGACCUGCCCUGGUCCGAGAUGUUCCGGUCCGCGUCGCUCCGGCGCCCCAAGCAGGAGGACGACGCGCCACCCAAGAAGCCGCCGCCGGUGAUGAAGAAGGCGGGGAAGGCCAAGGCUUCAGCAGGGGCGGACAUCGCGGGGCUGUCGCUGGAGCCCGACGCGCGGCUGGCGCUCUACAUCGCCAUGGCGCACGCGGGGCUGGCCAUGGCGCUGCUCGUGCUCUACGGCCUCUACAUGCUGCUAGCCGACUUCCUCCGCCCGCUGCAGUGGGCGCUGCUCUGCUCCGUCCCUCUCCGGGAGACGCAGCACGCGCUCGUCGCCUUCUGGGAGCCGCCGCUCCGGGCGGGCCUGGGAGCCGCCGUGCUCGCGCUCCCGCUCGCCGCGUUCCGGUCCUCCGCCGCCACGCUUGCCGACGCGCGCGCCGCGCUCCUGCGCCGCCCGCUCCCGCCGUCUCCGGCCUUCCUGCGUCUCCUCCGCUGGCUCGUGUCCUUCUUCUUCUUCCUCAUCCUCUUCGAGCGCCUCGGCGCCGCCGCCGCGCUGGUCCUCCUCAUCCUCGCACUCGCCUUCUUCGCCGCCUCCCCCAAGCUCACCUGCGCUGCGUCCUCCCACAUCUCCCGUCGGCGCCCUUCCUCACGAGGGCUCGUCUUAACUGGAGGCAUCCUUCGCCACCUCAAGACGCUCGUCGCCAUCGGGCUCAUGCUUGGCAUGAUCGCCGGGUUCGUAUCCGGCAGCAUCUUCUUCUCCUACAAGAUCGGGCUCGAGGGCAAGGACGCCGUCAUGUCCGUCAAGUCCCAUGUCGAGAAGGGCAACUACUCUGAGAAGAUUGGCCUCAAGAAGUGGCUGGACGACAAUGACAUCCCCGGCUUGGUCGAUCAGUACUCCGACAAGCUCUACGACACUGUCUGGGAGCAGGUAGAUCAAUUGGCAGUGCAGUACAACCUUACCGAUUUCACUAGCGGAUUCCGGCAUUUCUUAAUCAGCCAAUCAGUUGGCCCAAAGAACAAGGAGCUCAUCAGUUCAGGACCGCACCCAUACUCGAUGAAGUUGCAGUUGAUUGCAGUGCGCGUGAAGAACAGGGAGUGGGUGGAGAUUUACAGGGAGCUGGACUCGUUCUUUAAGGAGCUGUUGAUCACAAGGGAAGAUUUGGUGGUGAAGGCCAAAGAGCUGGCUUUGCAGGGCACAGAAAUCUUAAAGAGGCUGCUGUCGAGCGGCACAUCGGUGCUCGGUGGUAGUGCCAAUUUGAUGCUAUCCAUUGCUCUCCGCAUUGUCUCUGGUGCGGCUGAGGUGGUCAAUUUUGUAUCGCAAUUGAUGGUCUUCUUGUGGGUGUUGUAUUACCUCAUUACUGUGGAGGGAGGCGGAGCUACAGAGCAGGUCAUUGAUCUUUUGCCAGUGUCAAAACAAGUAAAAGACCGCUGCGUUGAGGUCAUCGACCAUGCCAUUAGUAGUGUCUUGUUAGCCACUGCCAAGAUUGCCGUAUUCCAAGGAGGCUUGACAUGGCUGUUGUUCAAGUUCUUCAAGGUGCAUUUUGUGUACACAUCAACUGUGCUUGGAUUCAUCAGCGCGCUUGUGCCAAUACUUCCACCAUGGCUGUCCUCGAUAUUUGCCGCAGGGCAACUGCUCAUGGAAGGGAGAUAUGUGCUUGCAUUGGUGGUAACUGUGAUACACCUCAUGCUCAUGGAUUACGGCACCACUACCAUUCUGGAGGAUAUACCUGGGUACAAUGGGUAUCUCACCGGUCUCAGCAUAAUUGGUGGCAUGACACUGUUCCCCAAUGCUUUGGAGGGUGCAAUAUUAGGUCCCCUUAUAAUGACGGUUGUGAUAGCAUUGAAGAACUUGUACGCAGAGUUUGUGCUUGCUGACACAGAGGAGACCGGCAGCUAGCGUAAGAUGAAAGGCUCAAAUGCUUGUGUUUUGAGAGAAAUACAUGUGUAGGAUUUUUACCCUCUAUGUUUACAUGAUGGUUUUGCUCUUGUACCAUACCUGAGUAUGCACAGCUAUUGCAGCAGAUGUGAUCCUUUCUUCCUUCGUGUUGCAACUUGCCCUCUGUGUAGUCAUAUUUGAUAUCUAUUGGAUCUUUCCAUAGAUUUGGUUCUACUAUCCA